CCGUGCUUCUAGAGUCUUCUCUUCAUUGUCAGCAGCAAGACAGAAUGAAUGGAUCUCUGAAGCUGAUGUCAUUUGAUGAUGUGGCUGUGAACUUCACCAGGAAGGAGUGGCAGGAUCUGGAUCCUGGUCAGAGGGCCCUUCAUAGAGAAGUGAUGCUGGAGACCUAUAGCAACCUAAUGUCCUUGGGGCACUGUGUUCCUAAACCUAUAUUGAUUGUGAAGCUGGAGCAAGGUGCAGAACCAUGGAUGAGAGAAGACUCAGAAGAGAAUUUCACAGAUGUCCCAGAAAUGGAGGAUGUGAUUAGCACCUGCCAGGAACAUCACAAUAAAUAUCUCUCUGAAGUAGCAAUCAUGAAUAGUAAACCAGGGGAGGAAAAAGUGAGACUUAUAAGAAGUUUUCAUUUGAGCUCCAUACAGAAGUCAGAACUGAUUAAGAAUAAUGGGAACUCCUUAGGGAUGAGGAUAGAAAAGGUCACUGGCUGUCAGAGCAUGGGUAUUUUCAGUGAACCUGAGAAAACACACAGGAGAGAAACCUUAUGA